UUUUGUUAAACUAGUGACAGGAAAAAGAAGCGAUCUUGAAAAUGAAGAGUCUUUCAUUCCAGAUCUUACUUUGUGUAGCAUUUUCUUAUGCUUUACCACUAGUUCCAGAAACAGAGAAGAAAAAUGAAGAAGACAUGCAAUUUGCUGAGGUAAUGACUGUAGACACACCUAGGAGCCUGAAUCAGGAUCAAAGCCCUAUUGUUGUAGGCACUAAAGAAACACAGAGGAUUUUGAACUAUACACCAGACAUGGAACCAGCUGAUGUAGAUGAAGCGAUUGAGAAGGCUUGGAACGUCUGGAGCAGCGUGACCCCACUGAAAUUCUCCAGAGUUUAUGAAGGCAACGCAGAUAUAAUGAUCUCCUUUGUGGCUGGAUUUCAUGGUGACUUCUUUUCCUUUGAUGGACCGGGUGGAACUCUCGCUCAUGCCUUUGCACCGGGCGAAGGUAUUGGUGGAGAUGCCCACUUUGAUGAGGAUGAAUACUGGACAAAAGAUUUGAAAGGAUUCAACUUGUUCCUUGUUGCUGCUCAUGAGUUUGGCCACUCAUUGGGUCUUGGUCAUUCAAAUGUCCUUGGCUCCUUGAUGUAUCCAGCCUAUCUGCAGACAGAGACCAGAAACUACAGGCUCCCUCAGGACGAUGUUGAUGGCAUUCAGAGCCUAUAUGGACCCCCAGCCUCUACUGAGCCACCAGCUUCCACAUCACCCACAGAAACCCCAACAGAAACAUCAACAACAGGCAUCUGUGACCCUCACGUGACUUUUGAUGCCAUUACCACCCUCCGUGGGGAAAUAAUAUUCUUUAAAGACAGGUACAUCUGGCGCAAGAGUCCUUAUUUCCCAAGUAUUGAGCAUGAUUUAAUUUCUUCCUUCUGGCCAACGCUACCUUCUGGCUUUGAAGCUGCUUAUGAAAUUGACAAAAAGGAUCAAGUGUUUCUUUUUAAAGGCAACCAAUACUGGGUUCUCAGUGGAUACUCUGUACAUCCAGGUUUUCCUAGGAACAUCCACACCCUGGGCUUUCCAAGAUACGUUAAGACAAUUGAUGCUGCUGUUUAUGAUGAGAAUACAAAAAAAACGUACUUCUUUGUAGGUAACAAGUAUUGGAGUUAUGAUGAAGUCACCGAAUCCAUGGAAAAGGGUUAUCCAAGACGCAUAUCAGUUGACUUUCCAAGAAUUGGCAAUAAGGUUGAUGCUGCUUUUCAAGAAAAAGGAAAUUUCUAUUUUUUCCAUGGCUCAAAGCAGUAUGAGAUAGACACCAAGUCCAAGAAAGUUAUUCGUGAAAUGCAGAGAAAUAGUUGGUUUGACUGCAAAUAAGAGCAGACACACAAAGCAAAAGAAACAGAACCCAAUUUUGUAUGCACUAGAGAUGGCUUUUCAUCAAUGUUUUGUUUCUAAUCAGUGUUAUUUAUCUUUUACUUUAUGUCUGAGUCACAUAAGAGCUGUGAUCCCUGAUAAAUAUUAUUUUAAAUAACCGAGAAAUGUUAAAUGUAUUGUAUAUAGUUUUAACUUAUCUUAGUAUUGUAUUUAGGCUA